AUGGCCUCUUCGCACGAUGGCUCCGUCAUCAACCUCCCAACCGCCUCCCCCACAAAACCAUCCUUCUUCCGCUCAAUCCCCUUCCAGAUCGCCAUAGCAUGCGGUGUAUCUUUCACAGCACCCGGAAUGUGGGACGCCCUCGGUGGUCUCGGCGCCGGAGGUGCAGCUGAACCCUACGCCGUAUCAGCCGCCAACGCGCUUGUAUACGGGUUAUUCGCAGCUGUUUGUAUAGCAGCUGGUGCGAUUAACAACAGAAUCGGUUUGCGAUAUGGCCUUGCGCUGGGAGCUAUUGGAUAUCCGAUUUAUGGCGCGGGUCUUUAUACGAAUAAUGUUGCGCCCAAGACGUGGUUUUUGCUGUUUGGAAGUGCACUUUGUGGUAUUUCGGCGGGUUUCUUCUGGGCGGCCGAGGCAGCCAUUAUUAUUGGAUAUCCUAGUCCCAAGGAUCGUGCAUUUUAUCUUGCUACUUGGCAAACUGCCAAGGCAGCAGGCCCAAUUGUCGGAGGCGCCAUCAAUCUUGGUCUCAACGCACAAACCUCAUCGAAAGGAUCCGUAAGCUCAGCGACAUACAUCGUCUUUAUCGUCAUCAUGUGUCUCGGUCUGCCCAUAGCCCUGCUUCUGAGCCCUGCGGACAAGGUUCAGCGAAAAGACCGCACGCUCGUCGUCGUUCAUAAGCAACCCUCCUGGUUCGCCGAGUUCAAGGCUGUUCUGUCGCUUCUCGUCACCAAGCGCAUGCUUUUGUUGAUCCCUGCUUUCUUCAUCAGCUACUUCUACAAUGGCUUCAUGAGCACUUGGUUGACGACAUACUUCACCGUCCGUGCUCGCGCUUUUUCGUCCUUCUUCACCAACUUCUCCGGUAUUAUCAGUUCGUUCCUGAUCGCUGGUUUACUGGAUCGUCAGUCCAUCUUUAUCAAAACUCGUGCUAGAAUUGCGUUUGCUUCCAUUAUCUUCAUUCUGAUUGGUACAUGGAUCUGGGCUUCCAUUCUCCAGAAGCAAUUCUACGAUGCUGAGGAGCCGCCUGUCUUUGAUUGGUUUAAGGGCGGUUUCGGCAAGGCUUAUACCCUCAUCUUCUUCUGGCAAUUCGGAGGCCAAGCGUUCCAACAGUUCUUGUACUGGCUUGUUGGACAGUACACCACUGACAUUUCGUCUUUGUCUUAUCACUGUGGUAUCCUCCGAGGAUUUGAGGCUCUCGGUCAAACCGUUGCCUGGGCUAUGCAAUCUGAAGGCAACGCCAACCAUUUUGUCAGCAUUGGUCUCAACUUUGGAAUCACUAUUCUGUGUAUCGUGCCAACAUGGAUCGUGUUAUCUGGACUGGAGCACAGCCACGAGAUCACAGUCACAGCUGAUGAGGUGUCUUCAACAAAAGAUCAAGAUCCUGAUACCAAAGCAUAG